GCCAGCCCAGCUCCGGCCCGCCUCACACCGUGCAGCCGGGCGCCCUUAGCGAGCGCGGGCCCGGCGCCGGGCCCGGGCAGACGGCCGGGGGCGUCUCCGCCGAGACUCUUCUCUGUGGCCCCUGAGCGGCGAGGGCGAAGGCGAGGCUGAGUGGGACCGAAAUCAUGAACCGGAGUUUUCAUAAGUCUCAGACCCUACGCUUCUACGACUGCAGCGCAGUGGAAGUCAAGAGCAAGUUUGGGGCCGAAUUCCGAAGGUUCUCCUUGGACCGUCAUAAGCCUGGGAAGUUUGAAGACUUCUACCAGCUGGUCGUGCACACCCACCACAUCUCUAACACCGAGGUGACCAUCGGCUAUGCUGACGUACAUGGGGACCUGCUGCCCAUCAACAAUGAUGACAACUUCUGCAAGGCCGUCUCAAGUGCAAACCCCUUGCUUAGGGUCUUCAUCCAGAAGCGAGAGGAAGCAGACCACUACAGCUUUGGAACAGGCACUCUGUCAAGGAAGAAGAAAGUGCUGGUGACCCUGAGGGAUGAGGGUCUGCGCCGGCGAACACACCUCAACAUCAGCAUGCCACAUGACUUCCGCCCAGUGUCGUCCAUCAUUGAUGUGGACAUCCUCCCCGAGACACACCGCCGAGUGAGGCUCUACAGGCAUGGUUGUGAAAAGCCACUGGGCUUCUACAUCCGAGAUGGAACCAGCGUGCGUGUGACCCCCCAUGGGCUAGAGAAAGUACCGGGUAUCUUCAUUUCCCGAAUGGUGCCUGGGGGCCUUGCAGAGAGCACUGGGCUGCUGGCUGUGAAUGACGAAGUCCUGGAGGUAAAUGGGAUUGAGGUAGCUGGAAAGACAUUGGAUCAAGUCACAGACAUGAUGAUCGCCAACAGCCACAACCUCAUUGUCACCGUCAAGCCUGCCAACCAAAGGAACAACGUGGUCCGCAGCAGCCGCACAUCCAGUAGCUCUGUCCAGUCGACAGACAGCACCACCAGUCACCACAGCCUGCCAGCCACCCAUGUUCUGCAGAAUUUCCACUCUGAAGAGAUGGAGAGUGAUGAGGAAGCCGACAUCGUCAUUGAGGGGGCUCUGGAACCUCAGCACAUUCUCAAGACACAGGCUGUACCUCCAGGCAGCCUCUCGAGGGCCAAUGGUACCAGCCUUGCCCACAGGCUGCACAGGGACAUGGUCCUGCAUAGCUCUGGGAGGGAGAGCAAUGGCAGCAUCCACAGGUUUCUCAGCUCCCUGAAACCAGACCCACGGCACAGCCUGGUCCUCCCUCAAGGAGGUGUGGAGGAGCAUGGACCAGCCAUCACACUCUAGGGCUUGAGCCACUUGGACAGGCUGAGCUGCCAGACACACUGUGAGGAACAAGAGCCAUGGGUGGCAAGUGUUGAGUAGUAUGUAGUACUAUUAGAUGUCUAGUGACUCCAAAAGGAAAUACUUUACUUUUUUAUGUCAAUUUUAAAGUCAGAAAAAUAAUUGUGUACUUCAUCUUUUUCUUUCGUUUUUUCAUCAUCAUUCCUACAACCCUACUCUUUAUUUAAGCUUUUGGACAAGAAUACUGUCUAUUUUUAUAGGAUUUUUUCACAGAAUUUAAAAAUAUACACACCUGCACAUAUUCUGAGCCAGGCCUCAGGGCAUGUCCAGAACCUUUGCAGAGUAAAACAAUGCUAAAGUACAGAGUUUUUAAAGUUUUUAAAAAUACCUGUUUUUAAAAUAAAUCUUUAUGGAUAACUUUUUUAAAUAGUACAAUUCAUGUUUUUAAUUCAUUCAUGUAAAAAUCUCGUAAUGCCUGAACACUCCACUGACCAAGUGUGGCUGUGACAGGAAGCGGAAGCUGUCUAAGGAUAGGUCUCCUUACAGGAAGAACCUGUUUUCACACCACUUACAGCCAGCCCAAAAAGCCCACUGGCCUAUACCCAGAAGCCAUUGGGGUUACAGCGGCUGCAUCUGCAGAUGUCCCAGCCUGGACAGGCAGGCAGGCAGGCAGGCAGUCACUGCCAUCAGCCUCUUACAGUGAGGCUAGAAGGUGAGGCCCGGUGAUAGCCCAUGGAUUAAGAGCUGAUGUUUACAUCAAGGUUUUCUUUGGGUUGACUGAAUGGGACAGUUUUAAGAUGACUUCAAGAGAAAUGGAGAUGAGCACCACAACAGUACGUGUUAGCUUUGCUUUUAAAACAGCUGCUUGCUUUUAUAAGGAAGAUGAGAGCAUGUCAGUGCACAUUCCUACACCAGUGGUCACUGGCAGGAGUCCUCUUCUUUAAGUAGAAACAGUCACACGCAACUUAAAAUAGUUGUGACAGAUCACUCUUCUUAGAGGCCUAUUACUGUCUUACUCAAAUUGCACACGAAUUGUGUUUUCUGUUUGGAUACAAUGUUGCAGAGAGAAUGGCGCAUUUAUUAACUGAGAACAAACUGACCAAGUGAAUCUUUAAUGUAAAUACAGGUUUAAAGUGUCUUCCCAGCCUUCCAGGUUGACAGCCCCACCUGCUGGUCAGAAGCAGAACUGUCCUGACUUUGUGAAUGUCACAGAGGAAACUGCAUCCCUGUGUUGUCCCUUACCCAGAAUUUAUUAAGAAGUUGGUUUUUUUCCUUUGGAGAACUGUUUAUUGGGCAGAUGUAACUUUUCCUGAGGAACUGUUUGCUGGGUCUGUGUCUCAGUUGUGUGCAGAGGAUGAUCCACCGUCUGUUCGUGAGCAUAAGGUAAGAUGCAUCUCAGUGCUGACCAAGCAUCUCCUGUGCUGCUGCAGUAGUUUGGAAUGUGUUUUUCCUACAAGUAUUACAGAGCCAAAAAAACUGAUGACCGGUUACUACAAGAAUUGUUCUCAGCUAAGCUGUCGCUUGGUAUAUUGUGCUGAAUACACUGGGUUUGAUACCAAGAUGGAAAGUUGUUUCUUACCGUGCUUAAGUUGUUUGGCAAAUGUGAAUCGGUUUAUGAAUCAAUUUAUUCAAGGGAACUUAAUGGCUUUAUCUGACCUUUGUGAGCUGUUGCAUAUGAGAAACUACAUGUGUUUAACAGAUACCUGAGUGUAUUUUCUAAGUAGAACUCUACUCCUACAUUUUAUUUCUUCCUUCGGAAAAAAAUCUAUGUCAUUAUAUAUUAAAUUUUUUUGGUUUUAUAUAUCAGAAAAUAAACUUUUUUGCUUUUGA